GUCUCAAAAAAAAAACGCACGGGGGACAGCCGCACCGAGCCACUGCCGCUCCCGUCCUCCCGAUCUCGCCGGCUCGCGGCCUACCUCGCCGGAAGCCGUCGCCCCCCUGCACGCCCCGCCCGCCCGGCGCCACCCCGACCGCCGUGAUCCAGCCAGCCGGCGCCCGCCGCUCGCCGGGUGACCCGCGAUGAGCAAGCCAGGCGGCAGCGCUGGCGGUGCUACGGCGGGCCCGACGGCGGCGGCCGCGGCCGCCGCGGCUCAGAAGCAACGGGCGCUCCUCCAGAAGGCCGACGCCGACGUCAGCAGCCUCGUCGACAACUUCUCCGCCCUCAUCAACAUCGCCCGCGUCAACGACCCGCCCGUGCGCAACUCGCAGGAGGCAUUCCAGAUGGACAUGCGCGCCUCCCGAAUGGUGCAUUCAGCGGACUCUCUGUUGAAACUAGUAUCGGAACUUAAGAGGACAGCUAUCUUUUCUGGGCUUGCUUCUUUGAGUGAGAAUGUUGAUAGGAGGAUUGAAGUGUUCAGUCAACAGGCAGAGGAGACAGAGAGAAUGCUGGAGAGGAUUGGGCAGGAAGCAGCAGCAAGCCUUAAGGAGUUGGAGGCACAUUACUACUCGUCUGUUGUGCGGACUCCGCUCUAUGAUUGAGGAUGUCUCUGGCUUCCCGCUGGUAGCAGAGUGGCGCUUAAGGAGCUGCGAGCAAGGGCAUGGUCGAUGUAACUCGUGUAAAAAUCGCCUUAAAUUAUCUCGUUAUGUCAGAUGAUGUUGUAUUAGCGAUUGAGAUAUAACGUUCUAGUCCCUACCUGUUGUUCUAAUUUCUAGUUCUUUUUCGAAGGUUAUUACCAUGUCUACUUCCAUGAGGUGUUUGCCUGCCCGUACUUGUUUUCUGACCUCGCCUGCUACUCCAUUUUCUGCGAGUAUCAUUUUUAACCCAUGCCUGUAAUUCUAGGUCCUGAACAGAUUAGCCUGUUUUCAUUUUUAGUUUAGUUCAUAUUCGUGUGUUCUUGCA